AUGUCUGCGUACACGCCAGAAGUCAGCGGAAAGUUAUACAUUACUACCAAUACCGAUGACAAAACCACCACAUUAGUUGACUCCGCGUCUUUCGUCACGAAGCCAGCAGGCCCCGGUAUUGCAGUAAGUUAUGUUUACUCUGCUGGCCCUACACCCUCAUUCACCGACGACACCGAUUUUAAAGCACGUCAAGAACUCGUCCAGCAGGAUCGAAUGCCCUCAUUUCCAUCCGCCGGUGGCAGCAAAGCUGGACUUUGCACUAUCGCACCUAAUCCCAAUGGAGAGGAGGGAUUCAUGCAUCGUACGAAUACACUUGAUUAUAUUUAUAUCACGAGUGGGGAGACAGAGUACGCAACGACCGACGGGGAGAAAAAGAUCUUGAAGAAGGGAGACGUGGUUGUUCAGCGAGCGGGGUGGCAUGCUUGGAAGAACACGAGUAAGACGGAGGAGUUGAUCCUUUUUGCUGUUGCAAUUGGUGCCGAGGGUGCGACUGAAAACUUUAUGGAGGUGCUAUAG